AUGCACUGGCUUGCAGAGCAGCUCGGCGGGGUGGGUUCCGCUUUCGUCGGCGCGUACCUCGGCGCCUCCACCGCGAGCACCCAUUGCUCGUGCCAUUUCGAGUCCAGCCCCGUGGACGAGGGGCUCCUGACGAUCCUGCGGGCGCAGCUGGACCGCUGCGGGCCCGAGCGGCUGCACGCCGCGGCGGCGCCUGUGUGCGCCCAGCCGGUGGGCGGCUUCUUGGUGGCGGCUGGCCUCGGGCUGCUGCUGGGCGUGAGCCUCACCCUGGGAGCGCAGGCCGCGCUCCGCCCGCAGGCCCCAGCCGCGGCCCAGCCUGCGGCCGCCGGCCGCGCCCCGGCGACUCCGCCGGCCCAGCAGGUCAUCGACUUGUCUGGGCACCGCGUGCUGCCCCUGGCGCGGGCGGCGCCGUGGCCGGCACAGGUGCGUGGCAAUGUGUACGGCUUCGACCCGCUCACGGCCGACCAGCGGGACGACCUCUUCCUGCGGGGCGGCCAGCUCGCCCGGGUGCUGGGCCACCAGCCUGGCAACGUUGCGGCUGCCGCCGACCGCCAGUGGCGGGUCUCCGACACGGGCCACGAGAAGUUCAACGAGGUGGUCGCGGACGGGAGCAUGUUGGGGGAUCGAGCGGUCGUGAAGGGCGACACCGGGCUGUACUGUAUCGACGAGGGCGCCAGCGAGUGGGUGUCCGUUCAGCGUGUGCGGGUCCAGGACCACGACGCCUGGCUGGAGAAGAAGCGCAGCGGCCCGGGUCGGGACCUGCGCAUUCUUCCUGUGCAUCGCGACGCGGGCGGCAAGAGAGUGAUGCUGCUCCGCGAGUCCAUCAACCUCUUCCGCGAGCCGAAGUUCCCCGACUGGCCGUUCGAGGGACCCUCGGCCGCCAAGGAGGUCUUGGGCGACGUGGCUGCGGCGGGACUGGAGCUCCAUCUGUACCCGACGUGGUGGGAGAGCAAGAGUGGGGUGAACCCAGCGGGCAGCGUGGCGCGGGAGGUGCGUCUGGCCUUCGACUACCUGAGGAUGCUCCAAGCAUACGACCAGACGAACAUGGUGUCCUUGGCGGCGGUGGAGCUGAUCUGCCGCCGCAUCGUCGUCUGCCAGAAGGCCGUGCGGCGGAACCCGAAGGCGCCGGACUUCACCGGCCUCGAGCGCUUCGUGCUGUCCAACUUCGACGAGUCAGGAGGACUCAAGACGACGGAGUUCGACAAGUACAUGGCGGAGCAGCAGAAGGCCAGUGCCGUGGUGCUCAAGAGUAUGCGGCAGGACGUCGAGGAGCAGGAGAACGAGAAGAAGAGGCAGGCCGGCCGCCAGCAAGCGGGCGACGUGCCCUCAGCAGCAGCCCUCGUGUCAGACGCGGUGGCGGCGCUGAAUGGCCUGGCGUCAGCGCGGAUCGGCCGACCACUGCAGGCGCGGCGGUCGCGGCCAGCAGAGCGAGAGGUCACGUCGGCUCAGCAGUCGAUUCUGGACCGUGUCGCGGAGCGGGUAGACGACCAGUUUCCUGCCCCUCCAGAUGCUAGUUUUUCUUCGGCGCUUCCGGACCUCCUGAAGUGCGCGGACAUGUAUUUGACGAGCGAGUCCUCCAGCCGGGUCCCCAUCCAGCUGGAGCGGCUCAAGAUUUUGCAGAACAGCACGAUGCCCAAGGAAGCCCUGGAUGUGGUCGGCGCGGACGCCCGCAAGCUGCUGGCGGACCCCUGGCGCUACAUCGAGCGGCGGGCCAACGACGUGGAGGCGGACGGUCCACCUCCUCGACCGUACACCGACCCCAGACUUCGGUUCAGCCGCAAGCUGAUGAAGGAGCUCGUGCUCACCCUCCACCGGGGCAACCUCGUGGUCUUCCGGCCCUCGGUGAAGGCUUUCAUCGGCCUCUUCACGGUUGUCAAGAAGGACGGCUGGUGGCAGCGUCUUAUCGUCGACGCCCGCGUGCCGAACCAUUGGCACCGGCGGCCGCCGCACUCGUGCCUGGCGACGCCGGGGGCGGCCUCCGCUCUCGACCUGAGCGAUGCCGCGCUGGAGCCUGGGGCCGCUGGCUCGCUUGAGCUGUGCGGCGCCGCGGUCGACCUGCAGGACGGGUUCUACCAGCUGAGCUUCAAGGUGAUGAGCGACUGGUUCGGCAUCGAUUGCCGGAUGACCGCCGCCGAGGCGGGGAUCACGCAGGUCUUCGACGUCGUGGACGGGGUCGGCACCUGGCUGCCCGUCGCGGCCAAGGACCCCGUGUGGCCGUGUUUUUGUGGCGUGCCCAUGGGGUGGACCUGGGCGCUCUUCAUCUGCCACUCAGCCCUGACUGACGCCAUGGUCGAGUCCCUCGUGCGCGUGAUGCGCUGCGAUCGCGGUCUGGCCGAGGCUCAGCUGCUCCGCGACGGGCAGCCCGCGCCCCGGCUGGCCAAGGGGCGCCCGGUCGCAGCGCCGUACGUGGAUAAUGGGAACUUGUUGUGCUUCGACCGCGAGGACGCUGCCGCGUUCUACGGCUCGAUGGCGGCCGUCCUCAGCGAGCGGGGCUUCACGCUGCGGGACAACGUGGAGUGCGACGCGAACCUCGACAUGGUGGGUUUCGAGCUGCAGGGCGCCAAGUUCGUCUGGAGGCAGCGGCGGUCUCGGUUCUGGCGUCUGUGGCACGCGCUGCGGCAGCUGGAGCUCCGAGGCGGCUGCACGGGGGAGGUGAUGCGCAUCAUCCUCGGCCACCUGGUCAACUUCUUCAUGCUCUCGCGGCCCGCCCUCAGCGUGUUGUCGCAGCUGUAUGUUUUUAGCACUGAGAACCUCGGGCGCUACCGACGGUUUGACGGCCAUGUUCGAGGGGAGCUGGUCACCUGCCGCGGCUUGUUAGCCCUCGUUCGCAGUCGGCUGCGGCCGCACCACUACCCAGUCGCCUUUUGCUCAGAUGCCUCGACGCGGGGCUACGCGAUCCACAGUGGGCAGAUCGACCCCCACCUGCUGUACGACGUCUGCCGCUGGCGAGAGCGCUGGCGAUUCACCGUCGCGGAGGAGGACGAGGGGCCCGGCAUCGACGGGGCUCAGACCGGCCUGGACGCCGACUUCCGCGAGCUGGGCGCCGACCUGGACAUCGAGGACGGCGACUGGGAUCGGAGGGGCGACCGCGCAGUUCCUGUGCGGCGCGCCCCGCGGGUCAGCAGCCUGGUGCCUGCCGAGGCCCUGCGGGCUGCCGAGCUCGGCCUCCCGCACCCCAGGGUCACGGGGAUCGUGCCCGCGCUGCCGGACACGCUGGUGGCGCCGACGCGCUGGCGGCGGCUUCUGGUUGGCGCCUGGCAGCGCCGCGAGGCGAUCCACAUGAAGGAGGCGAGGAUCGCGCUGGUGGGGCUGUACCACGCCGUCCGGGACCCUGCCAGCCACGGAGGCGUGGUCUUGUCGCUGGGCGACAACCUCUCGGAGGUCCUCGCCACCGAGCGGGGCCGGGCGCAUGACCCCGCCCUCAACUCAGUGUGCCGCCGGGCAGCGGCGGUCGAGCUCGGAGCCGAGGUGAGGUGGGUUCGCCGCUACGUGGAGACGGACCGCAACCCCACGGACUCGGACUCCAGGCUCGCGGAGCAGGGGAUCCUGGCGCCGGGCGAGUCGCUGCGCGGGGGUCGCCUUGCCGCCCGGCUGGGGCGCCUGCGCGAGGGCGCGUGCCGCCCCGACCGCGUGCCCGAGGGCGCCCCGCGCGCCGCCGCGGGCUCGGCGGCGGCGCCGGCGCCUUCCGCGGGCCCCCAGCGCCGGCCACUGUGGCCUGGUGCACGGGGGCCAUCGCAUCGGCGCGACCGCGCUGGGGUGCUGGAGAUCUUCGGCGGGAGCUGCAGGUUCUCUGGCGCGUGCGCGGCGGCUGGCCUCCGCAUCCUGUGCCCUGUCGAUGUCUCGGCCGGGCCGCACUUCAACGUUCUUUGCAUCGCUGUCCAGCAAAAGAUACUGCAUUGGAUUUCUCACGGAUAUGUCUGUCAUGUACACAUUGCUACCCCGUGUACCCGCUGGAGUGUAGCCAACACGACUGGGGCCCCAGACUCGGAAGGUUCGAGAGCAGGCCUUGGGUGCGCUGACUUCACGGUGCGGGUCCUCAGGAUGUGCCAUCGGUGCGGGGUCUCCGUGUCGCUCGAGAACCCUAGGUCUUCGAGGCUCCUGAAGUACCCGCCCCUCGCUAACAUCUUCGAGAAACUGGGCUGCGUGUCGUUCGAGUAUCACUGUUGUCGCUAUGGGGCUCCUUACCUUAAGCCGACCGUGUUCGUGACGAACGUCCCGUCCUUGGGUGUCAUUGAGAGGGCCUGUGUGUGUACUGUACCCCAUGAACGACUAGAAGGUAAAGUAAAGAUCCCAGAUGAGACAGGCAAACUAGUUUGGAAAUGGAAGACCUCGUUGGCUGGCGCCUACCCUCCUGGCCUCUGCCGCGUCGCAGCCCGAGGGCUCAAGGAGGCUCUCGGGCCGGGUGCCCUCCGCCGCGAUGGCGAGCCGGCGCUCGACCCGCGCUGGGAGCGCGAGCUGGCAGCGGCAGCGGGCCUCCCACAGCCGAAGCCGCUCGAGGUCCCCUCGUGUCCACGGCGGUUUACUACUGGCUGGGAGCACGCCGUCGGGCACCAGCUCUGUGGCGACAGCGCGGAGCAGCGGGCCGUGGCCAAGACGGUGAAGGUGUCCCCCGGCGAGGAGGGCUACUUGAAGCAGAGGUCGGUGGGCGGGGCCACGCUGCGGCUGUACCAGCGGGAGUACGAGAUGCUCGUGGCCUGGUGGAAGGCGCAGCGUCUCUCAACCGUGAGCACAGAGGCUCACGACGAGGCCCUGGAGCGCUACCUCGACAAGCUCUUCUUCGACGGGGAGCCCGCGAGCCGGGCCAACAACGUCGUCCACGCCCUGAUGUACCACAUCGACGAGGUCUGGGCGAAGACGCCGCACUUCCCCCGGACGCGGCGAGCCCUGCGUGGCUUCCGCAAAGCCUCGCAGACCAGGUCGCGGGAUGGGUGCCCGUGGGAGGCAGCGCUGGCCCUUGCCCAUUGGAUGGGCCGCCAGCGAACGCCGUUCAUGGCGAACUCGGCGGCGCUCACCCUCGUGCUCUUCGACGGCUACUUGCGAGCCUCGGAGGGCCUCGGGCUGGGGCGGGACCAGCUCAUCCCGCCGCAGGGCGGCCACGGCGCCAGGAGGUGCUGGGCCGCCAUGAUCUGCCCAGAGGAGGAAGGGCGCCCUACCAAGAGCGGCGACUUCGACGACACGGUCAUCUUUGGCGACACCUCGGAGGCUCGAAGGCCGCUGCUCACCAAGAUCCUGCAGGUGCUGCAUCGGACGACCGAGGCGGGCGCGCUGGUGUUCGACGGCCUCUCUCUGAGCUCGUACGAGCGGGUCUUCCGGCGCGGGACCCUGGAGCUCGGGCUCGAGAACCUGCGCCUCACCCCGCGCUGCCUUCGACACGGCGGUGCGUCGACAGAUGGCCUGGACGACCUCCCGAUCGUGCAGAUCCAGAAGAGAGGCCGCUGGAAAAGCCUGGCAAGCUGCAAGCGCUACGAGAAAAAGGGCCGCCUCUUGAAGCAGCUCGACCGCCUGAAGGCGGUGCCAGGCGUCCACGGUGAGACCUCUUUGCGGUGGCUCCUCACGCAGUUCCCUCGGAUCCUUCAGAACCAGCGCGAGCACGCGAGCGUCAUGUUCGGGCGCCAGAACCAGCGGGGCGCGAGCCAGCUGGUCAAGAAGGCCGAUGCUCCGCCCAGCAAGGGCUGCUUCGAGGGGUGCUUCGCGGGCUUGCUCGGCUAUCCGCCUGCGGGCGGCGCGGGUGCGACCAGCUACGGGGAGAGGCCCAGGUGCUCAAGGAGCUCAGGCCCGUGCCGAUGUGGGAGGACGCGCCCGAGGAGUGCAGAAAGAGGGGCGUCGUCAAGUGCGUGA